AGUCCCGGCGCUUCCGGGGUGGGCGUGGCUGGGGCUUCGCGUGGUCGCGCGCGCUCGGGCCAGGACGGUGUCAGGGAAGCCAGCAGGUUUCUGACGAGGGACUGGUGUAUGUUCCGAAUUUCUUGGCACCUGGCGAUUUCCAGGCGGUCCGUCGGGAGUUUGCCGCGUCCCGGGGCAGCCUGGCGAGCGAGGGGCCGAGCUGCGCGGCGGGGCGGCGGGCGGUAGCUGCUCCGGAGGCGGGUGCUGCCGAGCGGAUAUUCCGGGGUGGCGAGGUCGAGUCCAGGAUUCGGGAAUUUGCUGUUGACCAGCCCGCGCAGCCGGCGAUUCCCUUCCGAGUCGAGUACCGGGAGUACCCAGUGGGGGCAUCGAUGCUGUGGCACUCGGACACAGCGAUCGCGGACCCGCCGCAGUUGGAGUUGGUCUAUACCGUGGAGAACACGUCGGACUCUGUGACAUGUUGGGCCCCAGGCCAUCUGGACGUGCUUCGAGGGUGCACUCAGCAAGUGUGGACGGAGCCGAAUUCUGCCCUGAUUGUUCGCGCGGGGGGGCCAGUUCACAUGGUACGCCCCUCCACGACCGGGAGCAGAGCGAUCGUGAAGGCAAUGUUCUUGCACAGGGGUGCGGUACCCCUGAAAGACGAGUGGGAGCGAGCCCUCGAUCAGCAGGAGAUCCUGUGCCGUCGGUGA